CAGGAACAGAACAGAAAGAGUUAACGGAUGAAUCUAUCACCAUCAGUGCAAUUGAGGAGGAGAUGCACGUCCCUCUCAAUAUCUUCCCACCACAUGUACAAACAAAAUCAUAAACAAAAAGAUCAUUAUGAACAACAACAACAACAACAAUAUGAGCUGCGCCCACCUUCAAGUAAUUUCCUUCUUCAACUUUGUAUCCUUUUCUGUGUGACGACAUCCAUGAUGGCUUCUACAACGAAUGCAUACCCAAUCAUCGCACUUGAUGAAGGCCAUCGAGUUGGGGCAGCUCAAUUCAUGAACGGAACACAUAAUCCUAUAAACGGCUUUGACGGUCCAGUGAUCUUGGACGUUGGUCAGAAAACCAGAGUGACCUCCGAGAAUGCCAUCCUUGGGAUCAUCCUCAUCGCCUUGGGUCUCGUCCAGGUCUUCUUUGGCUUCAGACUCAUCCGCGCGACCCUGGUCGUAACCGGAUUCGUAUCCUGGGCUUUUGCGGUCAUCAUUCUCAUGGUGACUCUGAAUUGGAACAUCACGUAUCUGCUCCUCAAACCUGAAUACUAUUAUUUCUGGAUGUGGUUCUUGGCAGGAAUUGUCGGAGCGAUCUUGUCAUUCCGUUUCUGGGACCUCGGGGUAACGUUUUCUGGAGGGUUCGGAGGCUUUGCAGUCGCGGUUGUGAUCAUUGCAGCGACGAACCAUACGAUGUCCGGUGCGGGCCGGUACACACUUUUAGCAAUCUUUAUCCUCAUUGGUGCAGCCAUUGCCACAUUCUUUGAACGAAUCUCCAUCAUCAUUGGGACCAGUUUCGGAGGAGCGUUCUUGUUCAUGUAUGGGGUCGAUGAGUUUGCACAGGUCGGGUACAGAGAGAUGUUGGUCAUCUUUGAAAUUGCGGGGAAAUCUCUAGUCUACCAUCCGAAUUCUCGGGUGUAUCUCAUGUUGGGGGGCUGUCUCCUCUUGGCCUGUGUAGGGAUCGCAUGGGAAUUCUGGCAUCAUGCAAAGCCUUUGUGGGUCAGUCGUGAAGCUGUCUUUAGGAUCUAUGGUCGACCUUUUGGGAAGAGACCCCACGCAUUGGCAGGUCAGCGUUUUUCACAACAUAUUUCCCAGAUGGAUUGGUAUACCUAUCUGGUGGGCUGCCUCUGUCUAAGGAGAAAGACAGCAGAAGAAGUUCUCUACGAGGAUUAUGAGGAAAAGGAGAUUGAAGACAGCGACUUUGUCGUCGUUGGAGCCACUGCUAGCCAAAGCCAUCACAAGUUGCCAUUGAAACUACCACCUCAGCCACAUCCUCAACUCCAACUACCGCAAUCACCACCUAUGAAGGAGGAGGAAGACUCAAUAGUCGUUAUCGUUGAGGCGGAACAUGGUAUCAACAGUGGUAGCAGCGCUAACAGUUCAGGGAGUGAGAAACUGUCGGACUCUGAAACUAUUGUUCCAGGUGAAAGUGGUAUAUCCUCCAUUAAGCCACCGAGCCAUGUCGAUCCGCUUGUACCCGAGUCGUCACCAUCACCAUCACCAUCACCAUCACCAUCACCAUCACCAUCAGUAGCGCCGGUCGAGGUUGUGGUGGAGGAAAUAAGCUAUCAGGAUGACAGUGGUGAAGGGGUGGUGGUGCCUGCUGAGACGUAUACAGAGUCGAUUGUUCAGUCCAGUGAUGGCACGGCUGUAUCUGUAUUAGAGACGAAGACAAGCACAAUGUCAAGCAGCUCUUCUGAAUCUCAUGCCUGUCAUAGUAGCUCGAGGAACGAGCAAUACCAGUAUCACCAUCAAAGCUCAUCUAGGAUAGCUACUACUGCUACUACCACUACCAUUACUACUACAAUUGGCACUAACAGCAGUAGCAGUAAUAGCACCGCUGCUGCUGCUGCUGUUGAAAUGGUUUCAUCUCAGUCCAUCUCUUCGUCACAGACAGCUUUAGAACAACAACAACAACAACAGCAGCAGCAGCAGCAGCAUGAUCUUAACAGUAGUUUAAAUGUGUCCUCAACUUCACGGACCGAAACUGUGCCUCAUUCGGCGUUGCCUUCUCUGAACAGGUCUAGCAUCGCUGUAACGUCGGAAAGUCAUCAUGUUUCCUCCACGUCGACAUUUACUUCUUCCUCUUCAUCAUCAACAACCGUGACAAGGACUACAGCUACUGAGGGAGGGCAAAUAUGAAGGCUGCAUCAGAAAAAAGAAGCAGCUUGAGCAUUUUCCAUUGUAUUUAGACCAAGGAACAACUUGUAUAUAAUAUUCGCUGAAUAAAAAAAUAAGUAAAUAAAUAAAGUAGAC